CAGGCCAACCCACAAUCAGAAAAGGAAAAAUUAAUAUAAAAAGCUUGGGCUUAUCUUCCGUCCAUUUGUGCUCGUACCAGCUUCUUAGUGUUCGAUGAUUUCUUAGAGGCUGGUCUCUCCGUGUUCACCAAUCUUUAUUCGAAGUUUGCUGCAGAGUUGUCUAUGUUGUUGGCAUCUAUUAUGGAAGUGUGUUUAAAAUAUCAUACAGGCCUAUAAAUAACCAAGAAGUCGAAGAAAAGGAAUUCGAGGCUGAAGCCACCACCAUUGUUUUUCAUUAUCAUUCUUCGAGGAAAAUGGAAGGGGCAGUAAGGGUGCAAAUUCUUUCGCAAGCGGGCAUUUCAGAGGUUCCAUCACAGUACAUCCAACCUCCCGAGAACCGGCUUACACCUAUUUCUAAUAUUUUAACUAGUUUGAGCUGCAGCAAUGUCCCUGCCAUUGAUCUAUCUCAUGAAAAGGAGUCUGUCAUAGCAGACAUUCGAGAGGCUUGCAGGGAAUGGGGAGCUUUUCAUGUUAUCAACCACGGGGUACCUACAAAACUGAUGGAUGAUUUGAGGAGAGUCUGUCUUUCUUUUUUCAAUGAUUUCCCAAUGGAGGACAAACUUAAAUAUGCUUGCCAGCCUAAUUCUGCUGCCUCCCAGGGUUAUGGUAGCCGUAUGCUAGUAAGCUCUCAAAAUGACACUGUGUUGGAUUGGAGGGACUAUUUUGAUCACCAUACCCUUCCUCUUUCACGCCGCAAUCCCUCUUUUUGGCCCCAUUUUCCUCCUGAAUACAGAACAUUGGUGGCUGAUUAUAGUGAUGAGAUGAUAGUGUUGGCUCGGAGACUGUUGAGGUUGAUAUCUGAGAGUUUAGGACUGAGGGCAUCCUGCAUAGAAGACGCAGUUGGGGAAUUCUAUCAGAACAUAACAGCCAGUUAUUACCCUCCUUGUCCCCAGCCAGAGCUGACGUUGGGCCUCCAAUCACAUUCUGAUAUGGGUUCCAUCACCCUUCUAAUACAGGACGAUGUGGGUGGUCUUCAGGUGCUCAAGGAUGGAGAGUGGCUCACUGUCCAGCCUUUGCCUGAUGCCAUCCUUGUUCUUCUGGCUGACCAAACUGAGAUUAUAACUAAUGGGAAAUACAGAAGCUCUGUGCAUCGUGCUGUAACAAAUGCAAGCAAAGCCCGUCUCUCUGUUGCCUGUUUUCAUGACCCAGCCAAGGAAGUGAGAGUAUCCCCUGCCUCUGAUCUAGUGAGUCAGUCUUCCCCACCUCACUACUCUUCGAUUGUUUAUGGAGACUACGUAUCAUCAUGGUACUCAAAGGGACCCGAGGGAAAACGAAAUCUUGAUGCACUCCUGCUUGACACUUGAAAGUAGAUCAGAAAUGCUUGUUCUCUCGGCAACUUGACCCUGUAAUCAAUUCAUGCUUAUUAUCUUCAUAAUUCAAAUAUUUAAGCUUUUCUUCUUCAUUGCAUGCAAUAAAGAGGGAACAAGAAUAGUUAAUGUUAUUUUUCCUCUCCCAUGAUGCUCAUUCCUCUUCUCAUUCUUAGUAUGUUGGAAUAGCAUUUUUUUUGAAAGAAAGAAAGAAACAUGGAUUCAUUAACUUGAAGUACAACUUUCCUGUAGUACAAUAUCAUAAAUUUCAUCUGGAAAUCCAUCCUGCCAGAUUAGAUUUUCCUUCCUAACCAAUGCCAUCUUUGCUAACUGUGAGCCACCCCAUUUGCUUCUCGAUGUUUAUGAGAAAUUUUCCAUUCUGCCAGCUUUAUCAGUUCCAUUCUGGUGACUUCCAUGAGAUUCCCUAUUCUAGAGAGAUUG